AUGUCUUUUGGCCGUGGGGCUUCUUCCACAGUUGCUCUCCGCUCUUCAUAUCCCGUCACGUCGAGCUGUGGAUUGCGGAUUUGCAACCUCUGCCGACAGUGGUGCGACGUGCUCGAGCUUCGCCGACGAGUGGGGACUGUGGACGAGCUCAAGUCGUUAAACCCCGGUAUCAGCUGCCCCGAUAUCGACACAGACGGGCUGUACUGCCUAGUCGGCGCUGUCAAUGAUGAGGAGCCUACAACCAUCGUUCCUUCGAGCACGACGCGUGAGCCCGGGAAUGGCAUCGAAACUCCAAGCCCCAUCCAGGAGGGCAUGGUAUCCAACUGCAACAAGUUCCACUUGACUAGUCCUACGGCCACCUGUGAAGGUGUCUUGAACUAUCACAAAAUCUCCCUGGCCGACUUUGUCAAGUGGAAUCCCGCGGUUGGCAAGGACUGCGGUGGACUGUGGGCGGGCACCAACGCCUGCGUUGGCGUGGUGGGAGACAAACCUUCGCCUACCACCACCGCUGGCAACGGCUUGACGACGUCUACACCCAUACAGGCAGGGAUGGUCAAGAACUGCAUCAAGUUUCGUUACAUCAGUCCCACGACCACGUGCCAAGGUGUUUUGAGUUACAAUAAGAUCACAAUGGAGCAGUUUGCGAAGUGGAAUCCCGCACUCAAGCUUGUCUAG